UUCUGUGCUUCCUGACUCACGUCUCGCAUGUAAGCACACACUAGUCGCACAUUCUUUGCCUUUUCCAGAUAUCAAGGGCUACGAAAACGUUGUCAAAAACAGAUCGAAAUGAAAGCGUGUUGACGUGUUGAUGUGGACAGGAAGAAGGAUAAUUCGGUGAUAUCUGCCGAUACGGCGGUUUACCCGAGAUUGCUGUGAGCUCGUCUGCCGAUCGAGGUUCUGUCUUCUCUCCACUUGCGACUCUCUCCAUAUCCCGAAAACGAUGGUGAAGUACUUCUUAGGGAUCAGUGUUCUGAAAGCCUCCUGGGACCAAGUCUUCAUUGCAUUCUGGCAGCGGUAUCCAAAUCCUUACAGUAAGCACGUCCUGACGGAGGACAUCCUGUUCCGGGAGGUCACCUCGGACAACCGGCUCGUUUCCCGGCGCCUGCUGACCAAGACGAGCCGGGUGCCGCGCUGGGCGGAGCGAUACCUCCCUGCCAACGUGGCCCGCUGCGCCUACGUGAUCGAGGACUCCGUGGUGGACCCCCAGAGCAGGACCCUCACCACCUUCACCUGGAACAUCAGCCACGCGCGGCUCAUGACUGUGGAAGAGCGCUGUGUGUAUGGGAUGAAUCGGGAAAACGGCAGCUGGACUGAGAUCAAAAGAGAAGCCUGGAUCUCUUCCAACUUGUAUGGCCUCUCCAGAGGUAUUCAGGAAUUUGGCCUUGCAAGGUUUAAGACCAGUGUUUCGAAGACCAUGAAGGGAUUUGAGUACGUCUUGGCAAGAAUGCAAGGUGAAAGUCCGUCGUGGACUCUGGUCGAGACGGCCAAAGAAGCACGAGGGAAAGCGAAGGAGACGGCUCUGGCUGCCAGGGAGAAGGCGAAGGAUCUGGCUUCCCAGGCUCAGAAGAAGCAGUUCGUCUGAUCUGUGGCUCUGUGAUGGACUAACACUCCCUUGUGGCUCAUGCUCUCGCAGAACAGGGGGUCACCUGGCCCCGGUCUCUGCAGCUUGGAGCUGCCCACCUGGAUGUCAGAGCCAUUUGUUGGAGAAACAUGAUUCCAAGAUACACAUGUUCUUGUAAUAAUUGCAGCCAAUUCCCAUAGACUGAACAGGAAACUUGACUGUCCUAACCUUUGUAAUUGUGGUUACAAAAUGUCAUGUCAGACAUCACUUAUUUUUUCCCUGUCUGUUGAUUUGUUUGCCUCCUGUUUGUGAUUUGAAACAGGUGCCCUCAAGCAUAGAAAGUUACAGAACGGUAAUGUGUUCUGUUUGGUACACGUGCAUUCAAAUCCUAGGAAAAAAAAUCAUGUGACAUAAACUGCUUUUUUUCCAUUUACAGUACUGGAAAUUCAGAUCUGCUUCAAAUUGAAGUAACCUUUUAUUGAAGUGUAAUCUUUUGGUCCACCGUAGUGACCAUCACACUGUGAGACAGAGUUCUGUGUACCUGCUGCCAUUAUAGGGUAAUGAACUGGAAUAGUUUUCUGAAUAUGACACCCUUCGUUAAUGGUUAUUUUUUAAGUAUUGGGUUGCAAUUCCUGGGCACUUCAGAAUAUUUAUAAACAUAAGUAGUGGUAGUGCUCAAAUUAAGGAAAAAAAAUCCAGUUGAUUUUAGGUUGAGAUUUUGUUCAGGACAAAUAAACAUUCUGGAAAACUAAA